AUGAAGUUUUCCGUGCGCCAGAAGUCUAGGGGAACCAGAUUUGGUGUUCUUAACAUAGAGAAUCACGAAAUCCAGACUCCUUGCUGUUCACUGUACUCUCGUGGAGGCGUAGUACCUCACCUUACCACGGAUGUUUUAGACUCAAUGGGAAGUGUACCAUCCAUUUUCCAUUUAUCUCUUCAAACCACGUGAGUACGGUAAGCUCAGUGUAAGCUCCCUAAUUGGAUCGAACCUAUUAUAUGCGUUGAAGAUAGGGUUGUGAUGAAUUUUACACUCGAAUAAAGUUACCACAUUGCUUUAUUUGGACAACAAGGUCAGUUUGUCGAGAUGAAAUCAAGCUCCGUUUUGAAAACCUGACUGCUUUUUUACAUGAGCUUGGUCAAGCUUGCAAGAUUUCACCUCAUGCCUCUAUGCUGUUCUCUUUCCUCUUCUACAAAUUCGGUGUAUUCACCUCACAUCGUGGGCCAUCCUUGCAACCCAGUUAGAGCUCGAAAAUACUCCAUUGAAUGCUUUGUGACCCCUAACACCCUAACAUCAGUCAUCAGUAUCCAUAUUUUCCAUACUUUUCUCUCUACAUUAAGUUUUUCUUUGGUGCUGAUCAGGAGAAUUUGUUCAACAUACAAAGCUUCUUAGGUUUGUGAUCAUUCCCUUAAUUCUCGUGAUCUUAAUGAAUGAUUCAGAAGUAUUACUGUAAGGAGAAACUAUUUGCUGGUCACUCUUAGAGUAUAAAGUGUUAAGCAUGGUAAUUAAGAGGCAUGGUAAAUACACUGAGUUUGCAAUGUGGGUGAUGAUUUAAGAUUUGGUUUGGAUCUUUUAUAGGAUUGAUCAACCAGGUAUUGAGACCAUUAACCAGUCUAACUACAAUGGAAUAAAACCAUUCUUAGGAUUGGAAGUGAGUGAAAUAACAUUACAGUCAACUCUCUCAUAAGCAGACACCUUUGGGAAUUGGAAAAAGUGUCCAUUAGUAAAACUGUCAACCUACAGGAGUUAUUCUCAGAAGCAGACCCCAGAAAAAAAAUAGUCAGAUCUCAGAACUGGAAGUCAGAACCUUGUCAAUAUCAAAUGAUCAGAAAACUUGUUCUCCCAUGGAUAAAUGGCAAUUUGAUAAAACCAAUCCCACUGUUCUGUUGCUCUUUCAAAGAUCAUAUCUUUGUUCAUUUGCAAGCACUAGCCAAAUUUUAUUGCCAAUGGUCAAUUAUUGUACAAAGGAGUGUCUGCUUACAACUUACAAGAGCACAUAAACUGAAGAAAACUCCAAUUUCCUCUUUAAAAAGUGUCAGCAUCCACUUAAAGAUAUUGUCCACCUACAGGAAUGAAUAAAUGUAGAGUAGGACUAUGAGGCAAAAAUUAGAAUUGGAAAAAGUGUUUGUAGGAAGAACUGUCAUCUUAUGAGACUGAAUCUUUUAUGACCAGUGCCUUUGAGGUGACAAACCAACAAAAGUGGGAAAAAAAUGAACAAAAUUUUAGUUUUGGUUGAGCUUCAUCUAUGUGAUUUAUUUUUCUUGACACCCACUCCCAAUAUUUCAUCAGUGUCUUACUGUCUUCUAUGCAAUUUUUAUGAAGUUUAGUUAGUAUAGAGAAUUUGGUUUUGGAUCAAUUAAUUGAUGCUUUUCUUUAUUCUUAUUACUUGUCUACUUGAUAUGGUAUCAGUACUGUAAAGAGAAAUUCUAUCUUGAUCACUUAUGGGAGUUAAAAAGUGAUGAUUCUUCAAGGAAGAUUUUUUAAUUCAGUGGAACUUAUGAUCAGCUGUCAAAGUAGAUAAGAUUUCCUGAUUUGCCUCUUAGUUUUUUCUCCUAAGGAGUAUGCUUUGACUCCAUGUACUCAACUUAACCUGAUAUUCAAACAUAUCAUAAUGCACCAGUGACACCAUUGUUCUUUUCCUUUUUUUAAUUUUUUUAAUUGUUAUAUUUUAUUUAUAGAAAACACUUUACUAUAAAAUAGAACAUACAGUACAGUAGAUACCAUGUAAGAGGAAAAUUACAGCUCUUUUGAGACUACAAUCGAUAAACAAACAAUUUAAUUCUAAGUGAUACUGAUUAGAAAUUUUAAAAUCAUGAGAACAUCAACAUCAAGUAGAUUCAUGAAUUUGUCCUAUUGAGACAGUGGUGGCAAUAUUUCUGGGACAAAAUCUUUUCACAUAAGGUGUUUCCCUUUGUUGUUAAAGAGCUUAGCAGUUUUGUUUUUCAUUGCAAUGUAUCUUUCAGUCAUUAUGUUUUCUCGUAGUUGUAUCUUAAACAGUGAAAAGAGUAAAGAUAUUUCAUCCAAAUUACAUUUGUAAAUGAAGUACAUUGUCCUUUUCAGGGAUUCAUUACUUACUUAUCAAUUCAAGAUCCUGGCCAAGAAGUGCGUCAAGGCUACAAUGAGGAAAAGUCUGUGUCAGUGUGGACACCAGGUGGCCGCAAAAAGGUGCUUAACCCUUUACACCCUAACAUCAGAAUGCAUAUUCUCAAUACUUUUCUCAGUACAUUUCUUACAGUUCUGACAAGGAGAAUUUGUGUAA